AUGGAUCGAGCGCAACCCAUCCCUCAUCCGGCUCACCGGGAAACACCCGUUCAACUGCGAGCCGCCGCUGGCCCGGCUCAUGCACCACGGGUUCGUUACGCCCGUCCCGCUGCACUCGAACACAAGCCCAAUCUCGCCCUUGUGCGGGCGGCACACCUUCACCUUCACCUUGAACCAGCAGUUGUUCAUCAUCCCCUGCACCACCACUUGGUCCCUUCGGGUUACGUCUCCGACACCUUCCUUCACGGGUCGGGUAACUUUUCCCACCUGGCCAGCAUCAUAGAGAUUUCACGUUCCCCGGCUCUCAUGAACCCCGGUAAGAGGGUUCAGUGCAAGCUCGUGGCCAUCAUCAUAGAGAUCUCACGUUCCCCGGCUCUCAUGAACCCCAGUGAGAGGGUACAGUGCAAUCUCGUGGCCAAGAAGACCGUAUCGCACGACGUUCGACUCUUCCGCUUCGCUCUCCCCUCGGCGGACCAAGUGCUGGGCCUCCCGGUCGGCAAGCACAUCUUCCUCUGCGCCACCAUCGACGGCAAGCUAUGCAUGCGCCCUUACACGCCAACAAGCCCCGUCGACGAGAUCGGCCACUUCGAGCUCCUAAUCAACGUCUACUUCAAGGGCGAGAACCCCAAGUUCCCCAACGGUGGCCUCAUGUCGCAGCACUUGGAAUCCCUGCCCAUCGGCUCCACCCUCGAUGUCAAGGGCCCGCUGGGUCACAUCGAGUACGCCGGCCGCGGCAACUUCCUCGUCGACGGGAAGCAUAGGUCAACGAGGAGGCUCGCCAUGAUCGCCGGCGGGACUGGGAUCACGCCGGUGUACCAGGUGAUCCAGGCGGUGCUACGGGACCCGGAGAACCGCACCGAGAUGCACCUGGUGUACGCCAACAGGUCGGAGGACGACAUACUGCUGCGGGACGAGCUCGACAUACUGCUGCAGAAGAGUUAUUUCCUUUUGGCAUUCAGAUGACAUUGGGAAUCAGCAGCAUCGAUC